AUGUCAGCUGCUCCAAAAAGCUUUAUCGUCCGCUUAUUUCCUAUUGUACAGUGGUCAAAGACUUAUAAUCCAGAACAGGCAAUAGGUGACAUGCUAGCUGGUAUUACUAUUGCACUAACAUUAAUACCGCAAUCGAUGGCGUAUUCUGCUCUAGCUGGCUUCGAGCCUCAGUAUGGACUUUACGCUUCAUUCAUGGGAGGUUUUGUGUAUGCGUUUCUGGGGACAUGCCCUCAAGUGAAUAUAGGACCAACGGCAUUGCUAUCCCUCCUCACAUUCACGUACACACGUGGAACAAAUAUAGACUUUGCAGUACUUCUUUGUUUUAUGACAGGCAUUGUUCAGCUAAUGACUGCUAUCGCGCAAUUGGGUUUCGUGAUGGAUUUUGUGUCAGUACCUGUCAUAUCAGGAUUUACAUCAGCCGCAUCACUUAUGGUUGCAUCUUCACAGGUAAAAGGAUUGCUGGGCAUAAAAUUUAAAGCUGGUACAUUUGUAGAUACGUGGGUAAAAAUCUUUAAGCAUUUAGGAGAAACUAGGAUCACUGACACUAUGCUCAGCUUAUCCUGUUGUACCAUACUCACGUUAAUGCAGUAUCUAAAGAAAAUCCCAUUUAAGAAACCCGAAAGCGACGGGGAAAAACGUAGAGCUGCAAUGAGAAAAAAAAUAUUUUGGUUUAUUGCUAUAUCCAGAAACGCUGUAGUUGUACUUUUGGCUUCGGUGACUGCGUUCUUGAUGUUCGAGAGUUUAAAUGAUCCAUUUCAUCUCACUGGCCCUAUAACACCAGGACUUCCAACGCCUCAACCACCUCCUUUCCAAUCGAAAGUAGGUGAUAAGGUAUAUACGGCUCGGGAAAUGUUGUCACGACUCGGGGUUGGCUUGAUUGUUGUGCCAAUGAUAGGAAUCUUGGCAAACGUCGCCAUUGCUAAAGCUUUUGCUAGAGGAAAAAAAGUGAAUGCAACUCAAGAGAUCUUGGCAAUUGGAAUUUGCGGUAUUGUCAGUUCUUUCUUCGUAUCGAUGCCAGUAAACGGCUCCAUAAGCCGCAGUGCUGUAAGCGAUGCAUCAGGAGUACGGACACCUGGUGCGGGAUUUUAUACAGGCGCGCUUGUAAUUCUGACGCUGGUAUUACUGACGCCAUAUUUUUAUUACAUUCCACGCGCUGCACUUUCAUCGGUCAUCGUCUGUGCGGUGCUACAUAUGGUGGAAACAGCUAUCAUUGCGAAAUUAUGGAAAGUUAGCAGAAUAGAUUUAAUUCCGCUAGUAGGCUGUUUCUUCUGCAGUCUCGGUCUAGGCGUUGAAAUCGGUUUGCUAUGUGGCGUAGGCUUUGAUGUGCUUUUGCUUCUAUACUACAAUUCAAGACCGCCAUUGGAUAUUAAGCACGUUACUGAUGGCAUUCUACCUCCCCACUACGCGAUCCAUCCCGUCGGCCGCCUUAGUUUCGCUGGUGCUGAAAGAGUUCGCACUAAGAUACUCAAUUUACAAUUUCCUGAGGAACAUGAGGUACCCAGCAGCGAUGGUGCAACCUCUAAAACAAAACCUGCUAAGUUGCUUGUUGUGUAUUGUGAAAAUUUGUACAGAUUGGAUUAUACAUUUUUACAGAGUUUAAAGAUGCUAGAAUCAGACUGGCGACCACACUCUAAAAUAAUAUUUUGUAAUGCAAGACCUUCGGUCAAAGAACAGCUAAAAGGUGUGUUGACGGACUCAAUUUAUUGUGACAGUGGAGAAUUGAGGACUCACCUUAUUAGCGCACCUGUAAUGCCUGCCGCAGUAGAAGUGGGCAAAUCUGAGAAUGCAACUGUAUAA